GAUGACCUGCAGCAUACACUAUUCCAGGCAUUUCUCCCGGACUGAGUGACAUCAAGUCAAGCCCGGUUUCGUAGUUCCAUUAUAGGAGCUAGACAGGCGCGACCUGGCAAUUUUGAAACAUGAAUGUAUUAAUAACAGGCGGAUCCGGCUACCUCGGCCAGUUCCUGGUGCACGGGUUGGCCGAGCUGGGCUACACGGUGCACUACACGUACGGGUCACGUCAGCUUGCAUCAGCUCCUGCUGGCGUGGUUGCACAUAAGGUCGACCUCUCUACGGGCGAAGGCCUGACGCAGGCAUUUGAGCAGACGCCCUUCCAUGCAGUUGUGAACUGCGCGGCCAUCAGCCAACCAGCGCUGUGCGAGACCGCACCCGACACCGCAAGGGCUGUGAAUGUGCCCACCCACCUGGUGGACUGCCUGCUGCGGCAGGAGGCGGAGCGCGGCGGCCUGCGCGCGCUGCUGAUCCACAUCUCCACGGACCAGGUGUUUGACGGCAGCCGGGCGCACUGGAAGGAGGAUGAGGCCGGCAAUCAGGUCAAUGUCUACGGCAAGAGCAAGUACGAGGCGGAGCAGCACAUAUUGUCGCGCUUGCCGGAGCCCUACCCGGUGGCCAUCCUGCGGAGUAGCAUCAUCUACGGCCCGCCCGCGCCCGAUCCCGUGCCGCGACCGCUGUUCCUGCAGUUCGUGGCCUCGGCUGUGAGCAACCCCGACAAGCCCACCUCCUUCUUCCAGGAUGAGCACCGCAGCCCCGUGCACGUGCGCGAUCUGCAGCGCCUCACCGAGCUCCUGAUCGCCGCACACGGGCAGCAGCUUGAGGUACAGCAACAGCAGGGGCAGCAAGGGGCGGCGGCGGCGGAGAGCGUGCCGCGAAAGGCGGUGGAGGCGCUGGCGCCGGGCGCCCUGGCGACGGUGGCGGCGCGGCGGCACCGGGUGUACAACGCGGGUGGACCGGAGCGGCUGUCACGCGUGGAUAUGGCGCGGCAGGUGGCCGACUGCCUAGGCUGCGGCCACGGCUCCAUCGAAUCAGUGCCCAGCGCCAGCGUCGCCAGGCCAGGCGGCCCAGGCGGGUUUAGCCAUCCGCGUUACACUGGCCCCGGCUGUGUGCCCUGCCCGCGUCCUGGCCUGUGGUGAUGGGUCUUCGACAGGGCCUG